AUGGCCUCUGUUGAACCUCAAAACGAGAGAAAUCAUGUUUACAGGUUUUCAACAUUGCCUCAAUCAGAAACCGAAGCGAAUCCUCACGAAGAACAACAACCAUUAUCAAUCUCCACAAACCCAACAUUUCCAACAAUCUCCAACCAUUCAGAAGAAAUCAUCGUCGUUAGUCGUCGUAGCUGCCUAGAAAUCCAAGACUUUCUCGGUGUCACAAUGUUAAUAUUACUAAUAUUCUUUCCUUAUUAUAGACAUUCAGGAUCACCAAAACAAGACCCAAUCCCACCUAUUUUCAAACUCAAUUCAAUGUACAUUUCAAAUUUCACCAUAGGAACAAAAGGACUCGCCGCAACGUGGGACACCAAAUUCACAAUCACAAACACAAAUGUCUCGUCUAUAAGCUUUCGCAGCAUUGAGUUCACAAUAUUUUACAAACAAAAUCUAGAAGAUGCUCUCUCAGUUGCUUCUUCACAACCUUUUAGUUUGUACCAAGGUGGGUUCAUAAAGCUGCAUUUGAAGUUCAUGACUACGGAGACGGCUAAUUGGGAAGCUGAUCAAGAGCAGCCAUUUGUUGAGAGUAGUUUGGUGGAAGAAAUAAGGAAAGAUAGAGAUAGAAAUAAUGGUACAUUGAGUUUUGGAAUUCAAAUGAAGGUUCAAGCUACUUAUUCUGAUUUUGAUACAGCAUCGGUUUAUGAUGUUGUUAUGACACCUUAUUGUGAAGAUUUGGUGGUUCAUUUUUUUCCUAAUACGAAUUCAGGAAGGUUGGUUGACCUUAAUAAGAAUUUCUCUGUUCCAAUUCGUUGGAAGCCAUUGCCUUUUUGA